CCCCGAGAGGGGACUUUUGUUCUUAUCAGUUUAGCUGGUCUUCGCUUUGUAUAAAAGCUCUUCGACUGGACGGAAUCAGCAUCAGUUCAGCAUUUCACUCAUAAACGUCUCCUCCAAGCAGACAAACUAGCAAAAUAUCUACGAAAGCAAAAUGAAUUUCACAAAGCUUUUCGUUGUCUUCGCCGUUGUCCUUAUCGCCUUCUCUGGUCAAAGUGAAGCUGGUUGGUGGAAGAGAGUCUUCAAGCCAGUGGAAAAACUUGGUCAACGAGUUCGUGAUGCCGGUAUUCAAGGACUUCAAAUUGCACAACAAGGAGCCAAUGUUCUGGCAACAGUACGAGGUGGACCACCACAGCAAGGAUAAUUGUGAUAAACAAAUUUAGCGAUUUCUAAAUUUUGUCUAUUUAUUAUAAUUUAAUAUUUAAUUGAAGCAGAAUAUAAUGAUACUUUGGAAGAAAGA